AUGGUUGAUCGUUCUCAAUGUCCCUCGGCAGGAGAACUCUGCAUUUUCUUGUUCGUCGUUAUCGCCAACAACAGCAUAUGCAUAUUAUUAUUAUUAUUAUUAUUAUUAUUAUUAUUAUUAUUAUUAUUAUUAUUAUUAUUAUUAUUAUUAUUAUUAUUAUUAUUAUUAUUAUUAUUAUUAUUAUUAUUAUUAUUAUUAUUAUUAUUAUUAUUAUUAUUAUUAUUAUUAUUAUUAUUAUUAUUUACUAUCAGUACCUCACAAUAUUAA